GCCGCAAGUCACCUCUCAUUGCGACUGUGAUGACGAGCAAAAUGUGCGACAGCGCCGUGCAGUGGAAGAAGACCAGACAGCUCCUGGCAGCCGAGACACUGAGCCGAAUUCAUUGCUACAAGGACAAGCCGUAAACCCCAAAUUGAAGGCCGGCCCCGUUCCGUGAUCCUACGGUAGAGCUCGAACUCUCAGCUAAGGAAAGACACAUAAGCAGAGCUGAGGGAAGAACAUUUUCAGUCAUCUAACGCAGAGGCCCGGCAGCACAAGCGCAGGCCCCUGCCCGGGGUUCUAACCUGAUUUCAUGUUCUGGUAGCUGGGUUCCUUUCCUUACACCCGCUUUGCGGUCCUACUGGGGCUGUCAUGGCCUCCAACACAGACAGAGAGAUGAUUCUGGCCGAUUUCCAGGCAUGUACAGGCAUUGAAAAUAUUGAUGAAGCUAUAACACUGCUCGAACAAAACAACUGGGAUUUAGUAGCAGCAAUAAAUGGCGUUAUACCACAGGAAAAUGGUAUAUUACAGAGUGAAUACAGCGGGGAUGCCUUGCCAAAUCCAGUAUUUAGUACUGCUGCCCAAACAGCCACCACGGCUGCUUCUACUUCCCCUCCCUCAUCCUCCACUUCAGCUUUUCGUCCUGUGGUUCCGUCCCGGCAGAUUGUUGAACGUCUGUCACGAAUGCUGAACUUUAACGUUGAGUACAGAGACAAAACAGCGGAUGUAGUUCUAGAAGACAGCUGCACUGUAGGGGACAUCAAACAAAUCUUAGAAAAUGAACUUCAAAUCCCUGCCUCUAAAAUGCUGUUAAAGGGUUGGAAAUCUGGUGAUGUGGAAGACAGCACUGUUUUGAGAAAUCUUCACUUGCCAAAAAAUAAUAACCUUUAUGUCCUCACCCCUGAGUUACAACUUCCUUCUCUUUCAAGCCAGUCCAGUGCCCUGCAGGAGUCAUUAAAUAAGAACUAUAUGCUGAUCAUCACACACCGUGAAGUCCAGAGGGAGUACAGCUUGAACUUCUCUGGGAGCUGUACUAUACAGGAGGUAAAAAGAAAUGUCUAUGAUCUAACAAGCAUACCAGUACGUCACCAGUUAUGGGAAGGUUGGCCCCAAUCUGCACAAGAUGAUUCUAUGAUAUUGGCAUCUUCAGGAAUUGACUUUCCAUGUCACCGCCUCACGGUGUCAAGAAGAACAUCCCCAGUCCAAACCAGAGAGCAUUCAGAAGAGCAGUGCACAGAUAUCCAUAUGAUCAGCGACAGUGAUGGAGAUGACUUUGAGGAUGCAACUGAGUUUGGUGUGGAUGAUGGAGAGAUUUUUAGCAUGAGCUCAUCUUCUGCACUUAGAAAGUCCCCAAUGAUGCCUGAAAAUGCUGAAAAUGAAGCCGAUGCAUUGCUCCAGUUUACAGGAGAGUUCUCCUCCAGAUAUGGUGACUGCCAUCCUGUGUUUUUCAUUGGGUCACUAGAAGGUUCAUUCCAGGAGGCCUUUUAUGGGAAAGCAAGAGAUAGGAAGCUCCUUGCUAUCUACCUCCACCAUGAUGAGAGUGUCCUCACCAACGUCUUUUGUUCCCAAAUGCUCUGUGCAGAAUCUAUUGUCUCAUACCUGAGUCAGAACUUCAUCACUUGGGCCUGGGACAUGACUAAAGAAGCUAAUAGAGCCAGAUUUCUUACACUCUGCACCCGACAUUUUGGAAGUGUGGUAGCACAGACUGUCCGUACACAGAAAACUGAUCAGUUUCCACUUUUCCUCAUUAUCAUGGGAAAACGCUCAUCUAACGAAGUACUCAAUGUCAUUCAAGGGAAUACAUCAGUGGAUGAACUAAUGAUGAGACUGAUCUCGGCAAUGGAAAUAUUCACUGCACAACAGCAGGAAGACAUAAAGGAUGAAGAUGAACGGGAAGCACGAGAGAAUGUGAAGCGAGAGCAGGAUGAAGCUUAUCGUUUGUCUUUAGAAGCCGACAGAGCAAAAAGAGAAGCCCAAGAAAGAGAAAUUGCUGAACAAUUCCGUUUGGAACAAAUCCGGAAAGAACAGGAGGAGGAGAGAGAGGCAAUUCGGCUUUCCUUGGAACAGUCUCUGCCUCCAGAACCACUGGAAGAAAGUGAACCCUUAAGCAAGCUCCGCAUCAGAACCCCAAGUGGGGAGUUUCUUGAGAGGCGCUUCCUGGGAUCGAGCCCUCUGCAAGUUGUUCUUGACUUCGUAGCAUCCAAAGGGUAUCCUUGCCAGGAGUUCAAGCUUAUCAGCACAUUUCCUAGGAGAGAUGUAACACAAUUGGAUCCUAACAGAUCACUCCUAGAUCUUAAGCUGUAUCCUCAGGAAACACUUUUUCUGGAAGCCAAGGAAUAAGUGUCAACAAAGAAGACUGUGAGAGCAUUAAUUGAGGCUAUAAUUUUACUGACACCACCCCUCUCGCCAUGUGCACCUGUACCACCUGGAAGGAGACCCUCCAUAAUGCCCUUUAAAUGGGUUUUCAGCCUGAACAGGAGAUGAUCCCAAUAAGAACACUCAAUUUCACAUUAGCAGUCAUCCAGCUUCUGAUCAAAUAAAUGCACUAUUACACCAAA